CAGAAACAAUUCUUGUAUGUUUUUUCCCUGGUUAUAUCUAACAAAAAGUUACUACCUCUGCCUACAAAUCUUACUUCACCUAAUCCUUAGAUCAUCACGGUCACCGCAUGACUACUUGAAAAUGCCAGUGAGGAAUGGGAAAGGGGAGAAUUAUUCGUCACAAUUUGUUCAGACUUCUUAAAUUCUUCGGCCAGACCACGAGCCUCAGCUGAAGCUGAGCAGGUGUAUGUACGGGGCGCGUUGCAUUGCCUCUAGCACAAAGUAUUCCUGCAGGGCUUAGAGCUGUAGGGUUGCGCUGUCGCUCUUUGUCGCUGGUAACGGUACAAUCAGGAGCGGCCCUGGCUGUGAGGAGCGGCAGCCGCGGGCCGCCUCCUCCCCGCCCCGGCAGCGAAACUCCGGGCAGGGAGCCCGGCUCCGGGGCUCCGGCCGCGGCCCGGUGCCGGCUGGAGGCCGGUUGGAGGCCGGCGGGGCGGGCCGUCUGCCGGAAGCACCGGCGGCGGCGGCGGAUGGAGGCCGAGCGGCAGCGGGCGGCGGCGCCGCGCCGGGCGGGGGUGCCGAGGAUGGGCCGCCGGGCACGCCAGGACCUCCUUCAGGACGAGAAUGUCGGCAGGAAGAACUCCUCUUCUGCGUCUGCCGGAGAGGAUCCACCACCCAAACCCCCACGCCGGCAAGGAGGCUGGGCAGAUGAUCCUGUACUGGCACCUACCAAGUCAGGAAAAAAGCGUGCGGAAGAAGUAGAAGACCAUCGUCUCAGACAGCAGAGCCUGGAGGUAUCAAGUGAUGGAGGAGACAUUCCUGUGAUCCCUGACUUGGAGGAAGUCCAGGAGGAAGAUCUGGCCAUGCAAGUGGCAGCUCCCCCCAGUGUGCAGGUGAACCGAGUGAUGACCUACCAUGACCUGGACAAAGAUCUUAUGAAGUUUGCUGCCUUUCAGACUCUGGAUGGCGAGGUUGACCUGAAGCUUCUCACCAAAGUUUUGGCUCCAGAACAUGAACUACGAGAGGAUGAUGUCAGCUGGGAUUGGGACCAUCUCUUCACAGAGGUAUCCUCAGAGCUAGUGACUGAGUGGGAGCUGGGACAGUCUGAGAGAGAGGACCACCUCAGUCUGCCCUAGAGCAUUGGCACACCAGACAUCUCCUCAUACACACAUUCACUCUUGUUUGGUAGGUCGAAUGGAGCGCUGCAUUCUUAUUCUUGCACCGAGAGAGGACAGCUCAGUACUCUGCAACAUUUCAGAUCAAAGCUGAUAGGCCAAAAAAAAUCUACCAGCAAGAGAGAAGCGACUGGGUCCCAGUCUGGGGCCACCAAAAUAGAAGGAUCAUCUGUCUCAAGGAGAUGCUAAGUUUGGUAAAAUCAAGAAAUCUCCCCUCUAACUAGAAAAUUAGGUGAGAAAGAUGCUUUGGGUCCAGUGUGUGGAUGAUAGUCCUGAAAUCUUUCUACGAGCAGAGAAAUCUGUUUUGGUAUUUAUAGAAACUUCCCAGCUGGGCCAGUGUCUCUUUUUCUCUGACACCCAUGGCCUGUGGCCAAAGAGAAUUUAGGAUUCUUCCUACAUUCCUGGAAAACAAAACAAAACAAACAAACAAAAACCAAAACACUAAGCUUAGGAAACUAAAGUAGCUUAGUAAAUUAGACAAGCCCUACAAGCCUGUGUGAGAGGAAAAGAAUGGUAAAGAGAGGGAGAAAUGGGAUGUAGAUUUGUGCAGUUCCUAUCUCAAGGAUAACAGAGAAAGCAGAGUCUCUCUCCUCUCAGUUAAAUGACAGACCAUCGAGUGUGAGCUCUCUCCCUUCUACUUGAGCUGAGGCACUAGUCCACACUGAUCCUCUAAGCUGCUCGCCUGGUUUCACCAUAUUCAGUGCAAAUCAGCCACUUUUCAGUGAGCACAAAAGCUGAGAGGAUGCCCAGGCCAGAGUCACAAGAGUGGGUGAACUACGAAUCCAACUCUCUGGCUGUCCAGCCUGAGACUGGGUCUGUGACACGUGGCAUAUUGUUUGUGGAGUUUUCUUUAGGGACUUGGCGAGGUGGCAUUGCUGGCCACUCAGAGCAUUAAGAGUGGAAAGCUAAGCAGCAUUUAGGACGGCAGCCACUGAUGUAGGCUGCACAAAUGCUCCAGGCAGGAGUCAUGCCAAGCCCAUUGCUCCUCCAGCAGCCGUGUGCAGCACCAACCAUCCUGCCUCUCUCACCUUCUGCCUCCGAGAGCUGCUCUGAGCUUCCUGGGUGGGCAGAACACCCCUGUGGGGCUGCUGCCCCAGGAGGGAGGGAGGAGAAGUGUAGCUGGGCUGUGCAGCGGUGCUCAGCCCCUUGGAGGCCAUGUGGGCGCCUCAGGAAUCAAGAGGAAGAGGAAAGCACCCUUUGAAGCAAGAGCAGGAGGGAUACGGGACCCCCAGAGAUCUUCCUGGUGAGAGGUAGGAGGGUGAGAGGGCGUGGGGAGGGCCAUCUGAGGCGGGGGGUGAGCAGGGGGGGCCUGGAGCAAAGGUAGAGGCAAGAGGAGUAAGGAGGGUGGGUGACUGGGAACACAGUUUGUGUAACGUUUGGAGGGGUGUGAGGGCAGAGCAGGUGCUGAUGAAGAGGCGGGAGAGAACAGAGCACAAGAGAAGCGUAGUGGGAUUUAAUGAGCCCUUUGCUGAUGAGCUGUGGUGACUUCGUGCUGGAGGAGCUGCUCUAAAGCUGCACAAAAUCUCCCAGAGGCGUGUGCCUGGGGCAGAGUCCUGUCAGCCUCCCCCUGCCUCAGGGCCUCGGGGUGGGAGGGAGACAAGAGUGCGUGGGCCAGGCUGUGCCCAGGCUGGGACCUUGGGAGCCCAACACAUACCUGGGCAGAGUUUGAGAGCGGGGCCUGAAAAAAACCACAGCCUCAUCUGUUUUAAGGGAAAAUGAGUGGCUUUGAUCAUUUAGUCUGACCUGCUAUAAUACAGGCCAUGGCAGAGUCCAGUGAGAUGUGGCCGAGCUUUGCCUGCCUUUUAGAAAGACAGGCAGUAUAGUUGAAAGUCUUCCCUGGUUCGUUAUUCCAGCAGGUAACUGCCCUUGUGAUUGAAAAUCUGCUUUAUUUCUAGACUCAGUUUUUGUUUCAUCUUCUGUUCCCUGAGUCUGAUUGUGCUUUCACCUUCCCAGUUAAACCAUGCUGUCAGGUGUUUCCUACUUGCUCAAGUAUUUAUGUGCACCGUGAUCAAGUUGUCUCUUUAAUUUCCUUCAAUAAACUUAAUAGACUGAG